CGUCUCUGUCUCACACAGACAGUGUAUUCAAUGCGUUUGUGUUGUCUUCCCACUUUUCACCAGCUAAGGCUCUGCUUCUUCCUCUUCCUCUUCUCUCCAAAACAAGACAAAAUUCUCAAAGAAUAACUUUUUUCAUUCACGAGAGUGGAAGAUUAGAGUUUUCCAAAUCCGAGUAAAAGACACAAAAUCUCCGGCUUAGAUUCUCAAGUUAGGUCCCUUUCCCAAAAGUUUCUAUCUUCUCUUCGUCUAACAAAGAGAUAGCUCCAAAUCCUGAACAAAACAGAGUACUCUCUGCUCUAUAAACUUCAUUACCUUUAUUACUCUGCUCUUUAAAACAGAGUACUCUGCUUUAUAGAGAUAAAUGAGCUAAAGAUCAGUAAUUUCUAUACAGAGAGACAAGACCAAUUCAAGAAUGGUUUCCUUAAGUGCCACGUUACUUAUCCUUCUCUCAAUCUUUUUUUCAACUCCGUCCAAUGUUCGAGGCAAUGCAGAGCUAAAAGCUUUAAUGGAGCUCAAAUCAUCGCUUGACCCUGAAAACAAGCUUCUCCGAUCAUGGACGUUUAACGGAGAUCCAUGCGACGGAUCUUUCGAAGGAAUUGCCUGUAACCAGCAUCUAAAAGUUGCAAACAUAUCGUUACAAGGGAAACGUUUAGCCGGAAAACUGUCUCCGGCGGUUGCAGAGCUCAAAUGUUUGUCAGGUCUUUACUUACAUUAUAAUAGUCUCUCUGGAGAGAUACCUCAAGAGAUCACAAAUCUUACUGAAUUAUCAGAUCUUUAUCUCAAUGUUAAUAACUUCUCCGGCGAGAUUCCGGCAGAUAUCGGCUCCAUGGAUGGCUUGCAAGUUAUGGAUCUUUGUUGCAACAGUUUAACAGGGAAGAUACCAAAGAACAUUGGUACUUUGAAGAAACUAAAUGUGUUGUCUCUGCAACACAACCAACUAACCGGAGAGGUUCCUUGGAGUUUAGGAAACUUAAGUAUGUUAAGCAGAAUUGAUUUGAGCUUCAACAAUCUGUUAGGUUUAAUCCCAAAAACCCUAGCCAACAUUCCUCAGUUGGAAACUCUUGACUUGCGCAACAAUACUCUCUCUGGCUUUGUACCUUCUGGUCUCAAGAAGUUGAAUGGGAGCUUCCAGUUUGAGAACAAUACCGGGUUAUGUGGUAUGGAUUUUCCUUCUUUGAGAGCUUGUUCUGCUUUCGAUAAUGCGAACAUCGAACAAUUCAAGCAGCCUCCUGGUGAAAUAGACACUGAUAAAUCAGCUCUUCACAACAUUUCCGAGUCUGUAUAUCUCCAAAAGCAUUGCAACAAAACACAAUGCAAGAAAUCCUCAUCGAAACUCCCACAAGUUGCGUUGAUUUCAAGCGUGAUUACCGUGACUAUAACACUGCUUGGUGCCGGCAUAUUGACCUUCUUUCGCUACAGAAGACGGAAGCAAAAGAUUAGUAACACACCUGAGUUUUCCGAGGGAAGACUGAGCACAGAUCUACAAAAAGAUUUCCGCGCAUCGCCUCUCGUGAGUCUUGCCUACACUAAAGAAUGGGAUCCGCUCGGCGAUAGCAGAAACGGAGCUGAGUUCUCACAAGAGCCUCAUCUCUUUGUUGUUAAUAGUAGCUUCAGGUUUAACUUAGAAGACAUUGAAUCAGCAACGCAAUGCUUCUCAGAAGCUAACUUACUAAGCCGAAACAGCUUCACCUCGGUGUUCAAAGGAGUCCUUAGAGAUGGUUCUCCGGUAGCUAUCAGAAGCAUCAACAUAAGCAGUUGCAAGAACGAAGAAGUCGAAUUCAUGAACGGUUUAAAGCUUUUAUCUUCGCUGUCACAUGAAAACUUAAUGAAGCUACGCGGAUUCUGCUGUUCUAGAGGCAGAGGAGAGUGUUUCCUCAUCUAUGAUUUUGCUUCAAAAGGAAAGCUCUCGAAUUUUCUUGAUAUACAAGAACAUGAAACGAAUCAGGUUCUUGAUUGGCCCGCAAGAAUCUCCAUCAUCAAAGGGAUUGCAAAAGGUAUUGCUUACUUACAUGGAAGUGAUCAACAGAAGAAGCCUACAAUAGUUCAUCGAAACAUCUCUGUCGAGAAAAUCCUACUCGAUGAGCAAUUCAACCCUUUGAUCGCUGAUUCGGGUCUUCACAACCUUCUAGCAGACGAUAUGGUCUUCUCAGCACUCAAAACAAGUGCAGCAAUGGGAUAUUUAGCUCCAGAAUAUGUCACAACCGGAAAAUUCACCGAGAAAACCGACAUUUUUGCCUUUGGAGUCAUCAUUCUCCAGAUACUCUCUGGCAAGCUCAUGCUUACUAGCUCACUGAGAAUUGCAGCUGAGAAUGGAGAACAUAGCGGGUUCAUCGAUGAAUAUCUUCGUGAAGAGUUCGAUAAACCAGAGGCGAUUGCAAUGGCGAGGAUCGGGAUAAGCUGUACACAGGAGAUUCCAAACAAUAGGCCUAAUAUAGAGACAUUGCUUGAGGAUAUAAACUGUAUGAAGAGUGAAUGAGUCUGUUUUGAUUAGUAACUCUGUUUCAACAUUGUGCAAGUAUGAUUCUCCGGUUAAGCAGUAUCACACCAAUUGGUUUUCUU